AUGACCGAAAUGGGAGAUCUGGUAACAACUGACAUGGAGAAAGUUGAGUGUGAAGAACUGCCCACUGUAGGAGAAGAUCAGGUUCGAGACCAUCUAAAGGACCUGAAGUUGCACAAGUCCAUGGGACUUGGUGAGAUGCAUUCGAGGGUCCUGAGGGAACUAUCAGACAAAGUGGCUAAGCCACUAUUCAUCAUAUUGGAGAAGUCAUGGCAGACAGUUCCCAGUGAGCAAAAAAGGGGAAACAUAACCCCCAUUUUUGUAAAGGGAAAAGAGGAAGACCUGAGGAACUACAGACCAGUCAGUUUCACCUCUGUGCCUGGCAAGAUCAUGGAGCAGAUCCUCCUAGAAACUAUGCUCAGGCACAUGAAAAAUAAGGAGUUGAUUGGUGACAGCCAGCAUGGUUUCACUAGGGGCAAAUCAAUGAAUUUGAUGGCCUUCUACAACGGAGUUACAGCCUUGAUGCAUAAGGGAAGAGCAAGUGAUGUGGACUUGUGCAAAGAAUUUGAUACUGUUUCGCACAAUAUACUUGACUCUAAAAUGGAGAGACAUGGAUUUGAUGGGUGGAUCACUCAGUGGGUAAGGAAUUGGCUGGGUGAUAACGCUCAAGGAGUUGUGGUCAACGGCUCGAUGUCCAAGUGGAGACCAGUGACAAGUAGUGUUCUCCAGGGGUCCAUACUGGGACAAGUAUUUUUUAACAUCUUUGUUGGGGACAUGGACAGUGGGACUGAAUGCACCCUCAUCAAGUUUACAGAUGACACCAAGCCGUAUGGUGUGGUUGAUACUCUAGAGGGAAGGGAUGCCAUCCAGAGCAACCUUGACAGGCUUGAGAGGUAGGCUCAUGUGAACCUUAUGAAGUUCAACAAGGCCAAGUGCAAGGUCCUGCACCUGUGUUGGGGCAAUCCCAAACAUCAAUACAGGCUGGACAAUGAGUGAAUUGAGAGCAGCCCUGCAGAGAAGGACUUGGGGGUAUCAGUGCAUAAAAACCUGAACAUGAGCCAGAAAUAUAGGCUCACAGCCCAGAAAGCCAACUAUAUCCUGCACUGCAUCAAAAGAAGCAUGGCCAGCAGAUUGAGGGAAGUCAUUCUCCCCCUCUACUCUGCUCUU